AUGCAACAAGCAAAUCCACAACAUUCAACUUCUAAUCCCGGCGAGCCCCUCAAGACCUCUUGGAAAAGUCCACUUCUCAACGAAAAACUCCAUACUCCAGCCGCCGUAUCGGAUACCCUCCCCCCCGCUGCCAACCAGCCAAGAGAGCCUAGUAUCCCUCAGCCUCCUGCUCACCUACGAGCGAGUGACGGCCACCCUUCACCGUCAGACGAACGCCCAGGACGCGGCCAAGGUCAACACGAGCGCCGAGACCCCCGUGGCACGAGCGCCGAGUCUCUUGGCGCCCGCCACGCCGCCGCCGCUGCUGACCGCGUUGCACGAGGUCGGCGAGAGCCCCCCGUCGGGGUCAGGCCAGGUCCCCCGCGGACAGCCGGCGCGGUCGAGCAUGGUCCUCUCGACCUCGUCCGCCAGCGAGCCGUCCAUCUCGAGCCCGCAGGCUGUCGAGGAGGAAGAGGACGGCGACCCGGAAGACGAGGACGCGACGGGGCAGAGGGCGCCCGACUCGUGGCGGGAGCCCGUGAUUUCGAAGCGGCCGACGGGCGCCGGGCACGUGGUCUCGUCGGCGACGAUGGCCGGGAUCUCCCCGGCGCCGGCGGAGGGGUCGGUCGUGGUGAAUACGACGUGGCCGUCGUGGGAGAGAUCCUGCGGCCGCGAAUCCGCGCCCUCGGCCGUGGCGUUGACGGGGCAGCUGCCGAACAUGGUGGCCGUGUACUUGAGCCGGAACUGGCGCUGCGGCGCGCCGACGAGGUCCCUGCGCGAGGCGUCGAUGACGGCGACGACGGCCUCGGUCGUCCGGUUGAGCUUGUCCGUCUGCCAGACGCCCGACGUGAAGAGCUGCCCGGUGUCCGGGUCGUUGAUGUCGGUGUAGCCCGUCAGGUCCCACCUGACCCAGAAGGAGAAGUGCUCGUCGUCCGAGGGCCAGAGCUGCGAGGCGUUGCGGACGGCGAAGACGAUGGGGAAGGGCCAGACGGGGCGGUAGACGGUGUCGUUGCGCGGGAAGACGAGGUCGACCCCGACGACGGUGGCGGCGGCGGCGGCGGCGGCGGCGGAGGAGGAGGAGGGCAGGGCGAGGGAGAAGCCCGCGAGGCGCAGAAGCGUCAGCAGGAAGCAGACGGGGCGACUCAUUUCGGGACGUAUUCGCAUGAUGUUGUUUCGGGACGAAGUACGGGAAAAACUGGCCUCCGUACAGCAUGCACCACUCUGGCAGCAGCCGACGCAGUGUUGGACCGAUCCGCAUGCUCCAACGUCCUUGUGCUGUCGCCUGGUGAUGGAGCCGAAGGGCAUGGUGCCAGCAAGAUCGGCGGGCGGGACCGCAACUGCCGAGGCGAGAAGGGUAGAAAAGAAGAAGAGACUGCUGAGGAGCAUGGUUGA